GUCUGAUGGAAAAACAAAAGGGCUUUGUUGUUGUUGUUGUUGUUCAUUUUUAAAAUACAAGCCGUGAACAGAAGAUUUGCUCAAAGAGGCUUUGGACGUCUGGCUCCUUUGUUCGCCAGAGCCGUCUGCAGCAGCAGCAGCAGGAGGAGGAGGAGGGGGCGUCACCACGGCGAGUUUGGCUUUUAAACCCCGAUUUCAAAGGAUGAAGCGCACGGUGAGGAGACGGAGCUCCGCGUGGAGCUACUUUGAACAAGUGGGCGCGAACUUCGUCCGCUGCAAGAAAUGCGACGCGGAGCUCAAGUACUGCGGCGGAGCCACCAGCACCAUGAUAUCCCACAUGGCCGCGAAGCACCACGUGUCCAUUCCGCUGCGGUCCGCGGCCAGGGGCUCCUGGAGCGAGACGCCGCCGAGCUGGAGGGCUCCGGACGCCGAGGAGGAGAGCGCGUUCAGCCCGGAGCGGGAGAGGCGGAGGAGCAAGCGGAGCUCCGUGUGGGACGUUUUCGUCAGGGUGGACGAGGAGGUCCACUGCAAACUGUGCGACACCAAGCUGAAGUACAUGAGCAGCACCACCAGCAUGAUGUACCACAUUAAAAACAAGCACACAGAGAACCCGCAGAACAGCAGCGUGGCCAUGCCCACGCAGGCGCAGGUAACUAAACUCGUCACGAACAUGAUAGAGAAGGACAUGUUUCCUAUCAGCGUGGUGGACGGGGACGGCUUCAGGGAGCUGCUGGCGGAUAUUGUGCAGAGCUAUAAUGUGCCCUCUGCUGAUGACGUCACGCGCAGCAUUGAAUGCCAUUAUCACGAGAAGGCAGCAGACCUCAGGCUGCGGCUGGCUGCAGUGGAGAAAGUGGCUCUCACCGCUGAUUUCUGGACGGCCAUGCCAUCUCAGAAGUACAUCACAGUGUCCUGUUCAUUCAUAACAGAGGACUGGCAGGGGAAGUCAGCUGUGCUCCACACACACAAGCUGCCCUCAGGGGGCCAGCUCACCGCUGAGUGUGUCGCAGAGAAGCUGCUCAGUACAACACAGGCCUGGAUGAUUGCAGGAAAAGUUCCCACAUGUGUGCAUAACAACAAAGAAAACAUCCAAUUAACCCAGGGCGUUGCCCAGGCCACCUGGAACUACGUCUCCUGCUUCGCCACGACGCUGCAGCUCGCCGUCUCCGACGGGCUGAGCGAGGACGUUCUCCAGAUCGUCUCCGCCGCAGGGAGACUGGUCCGACACUUCAGCCACAGCUCGCUGGCGGCCGAAGCCCUCAAGGAGAAGCAAGCGCAGAUGUGUCUGCCGCAGCACAAGCUCAUUAGGUCCCACAGAGCCAGGUGGGACACGGUCUGCGACAUGUUCCAGUGCUUGCUGGAGCAACGAUGGGCGAUUAAAGCCGUCCUCUCAGACCGCACAGUCACCAGCAAGCAUGAGGCCCAGACCCUGGAGAUUGGAGACGACUGCUGGCAAGUAAUAGAGAACUUUACACCCGUCCUGGCGACUUUGAAAUGGGCAACGACGGUCAUAUCUGCCGAGACAGAGGUGUCCAUUUCAAACAUCUACCCGAUAACGUUCAGCCUCAUCCAGACUCAUCUCGUUCCAAAAGAAAACGACGUGGAUCAAGUCUCGAGUUUCAAACUCGCAGUGCAGAAAUCCCUAAGAGAUCACAUGGAGGUGGACUCCAGUGACUUGGCUUCCAACCCAGCUCUGAUCGCCUCCAUGCUGGAUCCUCGACACAAGCACCUCAAUUUUCUGAUGCCAGCAGGGAGGCUGGCUGCCAAGGUGAAGCUGCAUGAGCUAGUCUUGAAGAUGGACGCCAGCUCAGCAAGCCCCAAAGAUGAACAACUGGAGACUGAGGUGACACCUGACCUCAGCCAGAUGGCCACAGCCAGAAAACCACCGAGCGACACCAAAAACACCAUGAUGUUGCUUCUGGGAGACAACUACAGCUCGUCUUAUGCCACGGACUCUGAAGCUCAGGUCGAUUACUACCUGAGAGACAUCGCUCCCUCGCUCGACAUAAACCCUCUCGAUUGGUGGAGGUUGAAUGAACCGAGGUUCCCAAAACUGGCAAGUCUGGCGAGGGAGUAUCUGUGCAUACCGGGCGUGUCGCUGCCGUCUUUGUUAUCAGAUGCGGGGCAGAGCUUUGCAGCGAUGCGAACAAGGCUUAACCCAGAGCAUGUAAACAUGAUGGUCUUUCUGAACAGAAAUGCAUCAAUAUAGCAAAACAGGGAUGCACUGAAUGCCUGUUGCAAAAUUUAGAAGCAAAAAGCAGAGAUGCGAGGAAAGUAUUAAGUAAGUUGCUGCAUGCAACCUAUGACAAUUCAUUUAAGUUGCAAUUUUUAUGAAAAUGUUGCAUCUGAGCUCAUAGUCUGGGUUUAGAACAGUUUUUUUCCCCCAUUAGUCAAAAGCAGGCUGCACUGUUGCCUUGCAGCAGUGGACUAACUGUAAUAAAAUGCACAGAUGGUCCAAAAAAAAAAGUUUGUUUCCUUAUCUAUUAAAUAAAUUCAUGUUUAAAAGAAAAGUUUAAGUUGCUAAAGAUUCAAUGUGAUUGUGUUUAAAUCACAUUUUCAAACACUAAGUAUAGUUAGUAAAGCAGCACCAUUUCUUUUUUUAAAGAGAGGCUAAUUAAAAUCAACUUUUUCAUAAAAGUCUGCAAGGUGAAAACAGUAAAUAAAAUUCAUUGGUUUGACUACAAUGUUGCAUUUCAAGUAUUUCCUCAUGAACAUUUCUCUGGUUUCUCCCUGUAUGAAGACACUGGAUGAAGCUAAAAUUUAACAGGGUGGAAUUUUGUUUUUCCGCCUCAAAAUGAAUCACGAUGACAAGAUGAACAACUUGUGAAGUCUGCAAACCUAUUUUUGUUUCACCUUUAACUUCAACAGUUUAUUUUCACUGAAAGUACAUGAACUGGAAUCUGUGAGUGAACAUAAAUGAUCUGAUCAAAAAGCCAAUUUUGUUUUUUGUGAGGUUUUGUGAAACUACCAGUAAUUAUUCCCUUACCGGCAGAAGAGUUAUGACAUAUCACAGUGAGGUUGUAGACAAGUUAAUUCUCAGUUGUGAAAAGCAGAUGGCUAACAAACAAAAUAAUUAUAUAAUUUGUAUAUAAUCCAACAUUACCCAAGAUUAACCAUUUACCAUCUUUAAAAGAAACAAUCCUUAAGUUUGUUGCCAUUUUAUCUGCAUCCAUCUAUACCAUCUACUGCAAAAAAGCUUUAUAAAGAAAACCUCUUGAGUUUGCAUCAAACUGUCAUUUAUGCAAAAGCAUUAAAACAGUCCUGUGCUUUUACAGGUGGCAGUCGGAUAGAAAUGAGGGCCUAAAGUGAUGCAAUUUCAUUUAAAACAGACAUUUGGCUAAUGAACAGCAACAACCUUCAUGUCAUCCUCCACUGGAAAUGUAAUUAUUGUAAUCCAUUAAUGUAGUUCUGUAUGUGAUGUCUAUGCACAUUUUCAGGUUGAGUUUAUUAUAAUCAAUAAAAAUGGGGGACCCUGUUCGCCUGGCUGUGAAACUUCAA